AUGGCGCUCCAUAUGAGAGCCACGUCAGCGAUCAGCUUCUUAAGCACUGAGGCCGGAAAAGUGCAAUUGUCGCUUAACUGCGACUGGGUCGGCAACGACAUUGGCCAAGCCGCCGGCAAGAACGACACGUGCGGGAAGCUGUGCCUCAGCCGCGCGGAUUGCACGCACUUCACGUGGACGGCCGAAAACGGCGGCACGUGCCGGCUCAAGGGGGCAAUGAACGCCACUGAACUGGUCCCCACCACUGGCACGUCGUGCGGUUACCGCGUCCGCGACAACGGCGCGAUCGGCAACCCGUACAGGGGAGUUCAGCAGUACCUAAACCCGGAGUACGCGGCGAGCGUGAAAGCCGCGAUGCUCGCGUCUCCCAAAGAUGCGUCUGUUUUCGCGAGCGUGGCGCAGUAUCCGACGGCCGUGUGGCUCGACAAGAUGGCGAAGCUAAACACCAUCCAAGGUCAUCUGGACAACGCUGCGGCUCAGGCGGUGGGGGGAAAGCCGAUUCUCGUGCAAUUCGUGAUAUACGACCUCCCGGGCCGCGACUGCCAUGCGUAUUCGUCUAAUGGGGAGAUUCCCAAGGGCGGCCUCGCCACUUACAAGGCCAAGUACAUCGACGUCGCCGUGGCGCGCCUUAAAAACAAGACGGCGAACGUGCGCCUAUCGCUCGUGAUCGAGCCCGACUCGCUGCCGAACCUCGCGACGAACUUGGGGUCAGCUCAGUGCGACGCGACGACGGAGAAGGAGUACACGGAGGGCGUCGCUUACGCUAUCGCGAAGCUCUCGCAGAUUCCUGGCACGUCGCUGUAUGUCGACUCGGGGGGCGGCGGGUGGCUCGGCUGGCCGAAUAAUAUGAAGGCCGUCGUGACGGUGUACAAGAAAGUCCUCGUGCGCGCGCAGAAGAUCCGCGCAGGCGCCAAGAUCCGCGGCUUCGCGUCCAACGUGGCCAACUACAGCCCGCUCUUUUCCUACCGCUGCCCGGCGGCGGAGAGAUGCCCGCUCACGAAGCACCCAGGCACGGGCGAGAUGAAUUACGACUGGAACCCGUGCAUCGACGAGAACCGUUUCACCGCACGGAUGAAUGCGUACCUGGGAGCCUUGGGAUUGCCGACCAGGUGGAUCGUGGAUACGAGCCGGUCCGGCCGCGCUGGCAUUCGCAAGCGCUGGGGGUCGUGGUGCAACGUGAAGGGCGCGGGGAUCGGACAGCGCCCCCGCGCGAAUCCCGGCAGUGCUCCGCAACUUUUUCCACGUCUCUUCUUCCCCCAUAUCUGCAUAUCCUCGUAG